AUGGACAAAACGCUGACUGAGUUGCAUGGGAUGCUAAAGACAGCUGAGGAAAGCAUCAAGAAAAGUUCCAAUCAUGUGAUGAUGGUUCAAAACGAUAAGGAUAAGAAGAGGAAGCGAUGGCCGUCUAAGGUGAAAGCUAAAGGAAAGGUUCCUGCAGCUGAGACCUCAAAGACUAAGCCUGCUGUGAAGGCCAAGUCUGGCCCCUCUCCUGAUGAUGAAUGGUUCCACUGCAAGGGUAAGGGGCAUUGGUCAAGAAAUUGCAAGAAGUACUUGGAAGAUAAGAAAAAGAAGGGAGGUUCGACUUCCGCUUCAGGUAUUUAUCUUACAGAAAUUAACAUUGCUAUAUCUUCUAGUGAUUCAUGGGGCACGAUCGCCGGCCUAUUUAUGAAGUGUGUUUCCACUAAGGAAGGACAGGACCUCAUCGUCGACAUCCACACCGGCGAAUGCGGCAAUCACGCCGUGCCUAAGACCCUUGUGACCAAGGUGUACAAGCACGGAUUCUGGUGGCCUACCGCAGUAUCAGACGCCGAAGAGCUCGUGAAAAGGUGUGAGGGAUGCGCGGGAGGGUACGAGCACUUCUAUGUCACCAUCGACAAGUUCACAAAGUGGAUCGAGUACAAACCGGUCGCCAACUUAAAGGUAGAGAAAGCUGUCGAAUUCUUCACCGACAUCAUCCACCGCUUCGGCGUGCCUAACCGGAUCAUUACUGAUCUCGGUUCCCAGUUCACGGGCUCCGAAUUCUUCAACUUCUAUGAGGAUAACUGCAUCCAAGUCUACUACGCGUCGGUGGCCCACCUGCGUACCAAUGGCCAAGCAGAGAGAGCCAACAGAGCAAUCCUUGACGUACUCCGGUCCAAAAUGUACAAACGGAUGGAGGUGUUCGAGCGGGCAUGGGUCAAAGAGCUCCCACACGUCAUCUGGGGCCUCAGAACCCAGCCAUGUCGGACCACGGGUCAUACCCCCUUCUUCCUGGUCUACGGCUCGGAAGCUAUCCUUCCAGCUGACAUCAAGUACGGGGCCCCCCGAGUGCAGUACUAUGAUCAAGACAAAGCUGAGAUGUCCCGGUGUUUCGAUCUGGACAACAAGGAGGAAGAGCUUGCCACAGUGGAAAUGCGCCACGCGCGUUAUGAACAGAAAGUGCGGCGUUAUCAUGACCGCAACAUCAAGCACCGUGAUUUCACAGUAGGGACAAUGAUCCUCCGGCGCAUCCAAGGCAACGUGCGCAAAUUUAGGCCCCUAUGGGACGGCCCCUUCAUAGUGAAGAAGAUUAUCACACUGGGAUACACAACAUGA